UUCGCUGGUGGGAACCUAUUGUACAGUCUGGUGCCAUCAACGUCUCCUCACAGUUAAAACCAUUGGGAACUUUCUCCACAUACAGGACAAGUGAGGCGUGAGAGUCCAGAUUUGGCUACAAGUGGCUGGAAAUGUUUGCUAGAGCGGCCAAGCAGCUCACAAAAGAGCUGGACUCUGACGGGAGGUUCAUUCCUAUAUCCAGCUUGGCUAGUGCCGAUAGUUACAGACCCUUCUCUUUGGUCAUGAAGGAACAGUCCAGGCUGCCUUGGCCACCCAGAAAAUAUCUCGCCACCUCCUACAAACUUACAGACGUAUUCAAAGAAGGAACAGCUAUGGAUGCAGAGGUGAAAUAUGAUGCUCCGUUACGAUACUCCGAGACCACAGACCAGAAAGUAGGAGUAAAGAUCAGCCUUAAGUUACAGCCAUUCUCUGACUCUCAGAUAACCGUGAGAAAAGCCUACAUGGUUAAAAAAGGGCAGUGGAAAAUUGACACGUCGCACAAGUUCAUAAAGAGGUUCUCAGGAUCCCAUAGGAUGAAGCUGUAUGUCGUGACUGAGGCUUUUGAGAUAAAGGAACCAUUGCUCAUUGAGGAGACGAGCCAGGGAGGAGGCAAAGUCAUGAUCACAGCAGGGGAAAUAGGUGAAAUACAGGGUUGUGGCGAGAGCAUUAAAAAGAAGACUAUGGAGAUUCCUCAGGGCACGGUGGUGGCAUAUGUCGUACACCCCUGGAUAUCCAGGAGAAAAGAUUUCUCCGCUUCAAUAUUUCAGAAAGUGAAGGACACCAUCGAAAGAGUAUGUGAGCCGCUGAUGUCUCUGAGUCAGGAUUUCAGGAUCAAAUUGCUGGGAACCUUUAAGAGCUUUCUGCAGGAUGGUGAUGUUAUAUCAGAUGUUAAAACUGUGGUAUCCUUGGCCCUGGCGGGGGGUCAACCUAAGCACUCAAUGCUGGACUCGUUGGAUGAAAUUCUCCGGCCUCAGGCGGAAAAUUUGCUUCAUGAUUUAGGAGUUUUCUGUGAGGAUCAGAGAGAAGAAUCCCCUUCAUUAUUGCAACCGGUACACUUCCUGUGUUCUUCUUUAGAAGAUCUGGACUUUAGAGUGCUGCCCCUGCUUGUGACCUGCAUAGAGAAGAACAUGGUGGCCAAGCAGCUUGCGCUGAUGGAUGGCAUCAUGGAGUGGAUUCUUUCCAGUGACAAAGAAAGAAUCUUCAGCCUGGCCUCUUCUCUGCCAGAAGAAGAAAAGGACGUAACUGCAGAAAUGAUGAAUACCUGCGGAUUGAUUCCACAGACAGACAGACCCUCUCUCACCUACCUGUGGAAUGAGGAAGCCCAAUCAAACCUAACUGCAUUGUAUGCAGCCUUAUAUGCUUUGUGGAUUCUAAGCGAGUGAUACCAGUUUAAGUAGGCGGGUGUAAAUAUAAAAAAUGUGGAUCAACAAAGAGCUACAAAUCAUCACCCUAAAGCAGGGUUGGGCAAAUUAUGGCCCAUGGGCCUCAUCCGGUCCGUCAGACCAUUUAAUCCGGCCCUCAGCUCCCGCUGGGGAGCGGGGUCUGGGGCUUGCCCUGCUCCCGCCCUCCAGCCAGGGAGCAAGGUUGGGUGCUUUCACUACUCUGCUGCCCCAUCUGCAGGCGCCGCCCCCGCAACUCCCAUUGGCAACGGUUCCCGGCCAAUGGGAGCUGCAGGGGUGGCACUUGCGGAUGGGGCAGCGCACAAAGCCGCUUGGCUGCGCCUCGCAGCUGGAGGUGGGACAUGCUUCUGGGAGCUGCUUGCUGUAAGCAUCCGGAGCCUGCAUUCCUGAAGCCCACUGCCCCCCGCAUCCCAAUCCCUGGAUCCCCCUCCUGUCCUCCGAACCCCUUGAUCCCAGCCCAGGGCCCCCUGUGUAUCCCAAGCCCCUCAUCCCCAGACAGAGCCCUCACCCGCCACCGUCCCCAUCCCUGAUCCCCCUCCUGCCCUCCGAACCCAUUGGUCCCCGCCGGGACCAUCGUCCU